CCUCGUUAGCAAGCCGCUCGCGACUCUCCUGUCUCCCCACCCGACCCCGUCGCACGAUCCCGUCCUCUCUCGCCGCUCGCGACUUUCCUGUCUCCCCACCCGACCCCAUCUCAGAAUUUCUAGUUCGCCAUCUGCAUCGCCGCCCGGGUUACCUCCGCCCUCAUUUCGCUUUGCGCGCCACCACUCCGCUGCCCCCUUGUUAAUCUUCAUCCGCCCUUCCGAAGGAGAAGUUUGGUAUUGCAGCCCGAGUAGAGGAAAUCGAUCAGAUAGAGUCAGUGCAGAUGACUACCAUUCGUCGAUUUUGCUGUAAUGAUCUCCUUCGUUUUGCUUCUGUGAACCUUGACCAUCUGACGGAGACAUUCAACAUGUCAUUCUACAUGACUUACCUGGCUCGAUGGCCAGAUUACUUUCGUGUUGCAGUGGCUCCUGGUAAUCACAUCAUGGGAUAUAUUAUGGGCAAAGUUGAAGGACAAGGUGAAUCUUGGCAUGGCCAUGUAACUGCAGUUACUGUAGCUCCCCAGUACCGAAGGCAACAACUAGCAAAGAAGCUUAUGCAUUUGUUGGAGAACAUUAGUGACAAAAUGGACAAGGCGUACUUUGUUGAUCUUUUUGUAAGGGCAUCCAACAUGCCAGCCAUAAAAAUGUAUGAAAAGCUUGGCUAUGUGAUAUACAGACGAGUUCUUCACUAUUAUUCUGGAGAAGAAGAUGGGCUGGAUAUGCGAAAGGCUUUAUCUCGAGAUGUCGAUAAGAAGUCUAUUAUACCCCUUAAACGUCCAAUAACUCCAGAUGAACUCGAAUAUGAUUGAGUACCUCAGCAAGUGAUGUACUUUUAUUUGGUAAUAAUUGGUAAAUCGUUGUAUUUAUAACAAUUUAAGUCAGUGCUCGAUAAAUUUGAAUUAUGCUUUGAAGCUAUUUGUGUGAGAAACUACUUAGUUGUGUAUUAUUUGCUUCGUCGAAUUUGAUCCAAGAUUAAGCAGCUUGCUGCUACAUUUUCUGUCUACGUUAAUUGGAGGAGGCUUUUUUGGAAACUACUGUGACCUGCCGUGAUUUAAUUUUUCUGUUCUCGUGGUCUUUUUCAA